AUUAAUGGGAAAAAAAUGGACGCUCUGUACUAAUCUUGCUGCAACGACAUAUUAUUCAGUUAAAAAAACAAAACAAAACGGAAACUACCUAGAAAUGAACAAUAAGGCAACCAACUGACCACGCGUUUACGUCAACGCGUGCACAGGAGGAGAAAACCUCUACGACGCCCAUUAUGGAGGAGCCAGAGCAGCAACAGACCCCAGAGAAGGAGCCACCACUUCAGUGGCCGGAGAACGGAGCAGAGUGGAGCGAUGGAGAGGAGGAGAUGAACACGGACAGUGAGCUUCUGCAGGCCAUGGCUGAGGAAGACGAGGACAUCAACAUCUACAACGAAGAGACGUUUGGGAUGGAUGUCACUGGAACUACUGAAGAGCCUAGCGACAGCCUUCUUCAGUUUGGAGAACCUCCUCCUUUGACAUCUCCCCCGCCGUCCUUUCUGGAAGAGGAGCGACCCGCACUGAUCCAGAGCACCCCAUCGCCACCCAAACAGAGGGUGCAGUAUUUUUCCCGGCCUCCUGUGGCCCAGAGGGGCCGAGGUAGGAUCAGGAGAAGUGGCCUGGACCGGGGCCAGAUGUUUGAGGAUCCAGCUGUAGUGAGGAUGGUGGAGGGCCCACCGAGCCUGAAGAGUCUCGACAGUGCCAUUGUGGAUUAUGGAAACACUAUGUACCGCAGUGCUGUUGACGAUGACAACUGGACACCAUCCUACAGGAAGAGCAGGAAAAUAUCAGGAUCAAUUCUUCAGGACAGCGCCAUCGUUUGUGUGAUCGACGGCCAUAGAGGCAGGGGGCAGCAUCGCACCAACUUCUUGGACAUGCACUACCCUGCAGUCUCCUCCUACAGUGGCCGGAGAGGGGAUCCGAGAGGACUCUACUCCCGGAGACUGUUUGGUCAAAGAGACCCCACUCAGCAGGUGAACUCAGCGUUGCUAGCUCAGUCUCCACUCUUCUCACGCCACCGCUUACCUCAACAGCAGCAUUAUCAUCAGAAUGGAGGCUUUCUGUUUCCUACAAACCGGCCUUGUCCCUCAACUCCUCGAUCCUUCCCUCCCAAAAUGAUGCAACUUCGCUUUGGUGCCAACUCGCCGAGGCCGACCCACUAUAACAGUCCACAUUCAAAUCCAGUGCAGCGAUUCAGAUACCCAGGUCCAGUCACACAACUUCACCCACAACACAAGCGCUUACUCAGCCAAAAACAGAGCUUCUUCCAAAGAAAAUCUGAGGUUUGGGAUCCUUACUGCAAUCUGAUGACUGCAAAGGAAAAGGAAUGGAUCACUCGACUCCAGAUGAUUCAGCUGCAGAGUGAGAAUCCCUAUCUGGAGGACUACUACUACCAGGAAUACUACAGACGUAUGGAAGUGAAGAUAGCUGAGGAGGAACUGGGUGUUCGGGGCAAGAGGGAACCUCCAAAGCUCACUACACCGUACAUCACCAAAACUGACUCCUACACCCCAGUUGUCCACAUCGAAGGCUCUCUGGGUCAAGUCGCAGUGUCCACGUGUUACUCCCCUCGCCGGGCCAUUGGUGCAGUUCAUGCCGUUCAAGCUCACAGUCCCGUUGAGGAUCAAAAGGAUACCAGACAGCAGCGGUUGGACGUCCUCAGCAAAAUAGAAAAGUUGUUCAUGGUGCUGUUGGAGGUUGAGGAAACGGAGAGGGUGAAGACAACCGUGCUGUCUGAAGUAGAAGAGAGAAGAUUAAAAGAGAAGACGCAGAGGAAAGUGGAGGGCAUCUACUCACAGAUGCAACACUAUGAUCCCCUAGAUUCGGGAGGGGAGUUCCUUCCUUUCCUGUUGGUGUCCAAAGGCAAAAAACUCAUCGCCAGGCUGUUUCCAUUCCUGAAACCUGCAUCGGCUCAAAGAAUUUUGCGAAUUGUGACGUUGAACCUGCCGUUGCUGAUGAGUAGUGACGCAGAUGAGGCUCUUCCUGUGCUGUACCCUCCACUACGGAAUGUGAUUGGCUCCCUGUCAUUCAGUCAGCUGAUCAAGGUCCUUAAAGAUCUGACUUCAAAUGAAAACUAUGAGAGCCUCUCACUGGCAUGUCAGAACAAGUUUGGGUUGUCUCUGCUCUACGCCCUCUUGUCCCAAGGAGAGAAGCUGUUGUCCUCAGGUGUUCCUCUGGAGCCAAGCAUCGGGGACUUUGAGUCCUGGACUGACACGAUAUUCCAGGUGGCCGGGCAACUGUCUCGGUGUUCGCUAGUGGAGCCGCUGCUGUUGCCGUCCAACCUGCUCACUCUCUUCUGCCGAUACCUGGACAAGCGCACAGUCCAUCAGCUGAAGAGCAACAUGGAGUCUGCAACAGGAUAUCUGGCCCUGCCGUCUUAAUUUGGAUGGUGGUAUGAGACGUUUGGCUGAUCGAGUUCUCAUUGGUGCAAGAGUUAUUGUAGCAACUCUGCUCAUGAACUUUGUAAAAUACAUUUUUAUUUUUUUCCUCAUCCCUCCUCCCCUCACGUUUUGCACCUCCCAAGUACUGUUUCCCUUUUUAUUUGGGUUUCUCUGGUCUCCAUGCUGGGUUCACCAAACUCCGGUUCAUCCCGAAGGAAGCAACCGUUGCUCUGCGUUGGUUGGAUUGUGGAAUUUUUGAACAAUAGCUUGCAUGUGCACGUUCAUCAAUUUUCAAGUCACUCCAUGAGUUUGAGGGACGUUGUUUACCAGGGGAAAACAUUUGUCGUUGUACAGCUGAGGCAGUAUAUUUUUGUCAUAACUAUAUUAGGAUGGUACGGCUCAUGCAUUUCUUUUUUUUUCUUUUUCUUUUCUCCUUGUGAAACACUCGACGUGUGUAUAGAUUUGUAGCGAUGCUUGUAUUGAUGUAAUCUUCCAUCUUAAAUGUUUUCAGUUGUAUAGGAAUUUUAUUUAUUGUAUUUGUCUGGAAACAGGAAUAAUUUAAAAUUGCACCCUUGUAGAGCACUUGCAAUAUAAAUAAAAAAAAUUGCUCAGUA